AUGGAGAGCCUGGCGCAGCCCCCGCCGCCCCCGGGCUCGCUGCAGACGGGCGGCGGGGGCGCUGCCGGCCGGCUCCGCCUGGGAGAGGCGGCGGCGGGCGGCGAGGGCGUCUGCGGGGAGGCCGAGGAGGGCGGCGGGCGGCGCAGCCCUUCCCCUCCGCCGGUCCCCGCUCCCGCCGCGGCCGCUCACACCGCGUCCCCCGCCCGGGCCGCGGAGGACGGCGCGGGGCUGGCGGUGCCCGAGAGCCCCGGGACGGCGCCCGGCUCGGAGAGCGGUCCCGCGGGAGCCGGCUCCGGGAGCAGCGGCGCUCCCAGCCCGCCGGGGGAGGAGUCCCGCAGCCUGGACUCGCUGGAGUCCUUCUCCAACCUGCACUCCUGCUGCCCGAGCAGCUCCGAGCUCAACAGCGACGCCGACGAGGCGGUGGUGGCCGGGGCCUCCUCGGGGGGCCCGGCGGCGGAGCCCGAAGGGGACAGGCCGGCGGCGGGCUCGCAGCUCCUGUCCGCCUCCAAGGAGCGCUUCCCGGGGCAGUCGGUCUAUCACAUCAAGUGGGUGCGCUGGAAGGAGGAGAACACGCCCGUCAUCACCCAGAAUGAGAACGGCCCCUGCCCGUUGCUGGCCAUCAUGAACGUGCUGCUCCUGGCCUGGAAGAUUAAGCUGCCACCAAUGAUGGAAAUCAUAACGGCUGAACAGCUGAUGGAAUACUUAGGAGACUAUAUUCUUGACGCAAAACCUAAAGAGAUAUCUGAAAUUCAGAGACUUAACUAUGAGCAGAACAUGAGUGAUGCCAUGGCAAUUCUCCAUAAGCUGCAGACGGGUCUGGAUGUCAAUGUGAAGUUUACAGGUGUUCGAGUGUUCGAAUACACACCUGAAUGCAUCGUGUUUGAUCUUCUCGAUAUCCCCUUGUACCACGGGUGGUUAGUGGAUCCUCAGGUUGCUGACAUAGUAAAAGCAGUUGGUAACUGCAGUUACAAUCAGCUGGUGGAGAAGAUCAUUUCUUGUAAACAGUCAGACAACAGUGAACUGGUUAGUGAAGGGUUUGUUGCUGAGCAAUUCCUAAAUAACACAGCUACACAAUUGACAUACCAUGGACUGUGUGAGUUGACUUCAGCUGUCCAGGAGGGAGAGCUUUGUGUGUUCUUCAGGAACAACCAUUUUAGCACCAUGACCAAAUACAAGGGUCAGCUUUACCUGCUGGUGACAGACCAGGGCUUUCUUACAGAAGAGAAGGUUGUCUGGGAAAGCUUACACAACGUGGAUGGGGACGGGAAUUUCUGUGACUCUGAAUUCCACCUACGGCCUCCAUCAGACCCUGAGACAGUCUACAGAGGGCAGCAGGAUCAAAUAGAUCAGGAUUAUCUGAUGGCAUUGUCUCUACAACAAGAGCAGCAAAGUCAAGAGAUUAACUGGGAACAGAUCCCAGAAGGAAUCAGUGACCUAGAGCUAGCCAAGAAGCUCCAGGAAGAGGAGGACAGGAGAGCUUCUCAGUACUAUCAGGAGCAAGAACAAGCAGCUGCUCAGGUCCAGCAGGUGCAAGGUGCUGCUUCUCCAGCCAGCGCGAGACAAUCCGGGAGUAACGAACGCAAACGGAAAGAGCCUCGGGAGAAGGAGAAGGAAAAAGAGAAGAAUAGCUGUGUUCUCUUGUAACAGAACAUGGAGUCACUCUGGAGCCAAGUGCAUGUCCUCAGAAGCAAAAACAAGGAGUACAAAGGAAGACAAACCUGUUACACGCCGCCUGUGCCUGAUUACCCCAUGGAUUUUGUUCCUGUUCCAAGAGGAUGGAUGACUUUGUUACAAUCAGACUUCCUUCAAAGUCAGAGUGCGAGCUGCCCACGAGGGAAUUCCAAAUCACAGUUGGACGCGGCUGUGCUUUGAGUUAGUCAUAAAAAUACUGCACCUUGUAGCUGAACACACAAAUCAUGGCAAGUCCUGUGUCCCAGUGACAUCCAUUACCUGUCCAUCAGUCAGUAAGCUAUCUUCUCUUCUACUCUAAACAAGGGAGGUCAUUCAUUUUGGGCGAGGCUUUUCCCUGAAGUCUGUACACGAGCACAACAGAGUUCUGUGUUACUUACCUGCUGUGAAGCUAUAUCUUAGGCUGGGUAUAGUCUUCAUGACACAAGAGCCCAAGUGACAGCUGGGCACUGCCUCCUCAGUGUGUCCAGAUUUCUUUGCUUCUGGAUCUGGUAUGUUCUUUUUCUGAACCCAGAUUUAUACUGUGUUACUGCUCUCACUGCAUCUCCUGGCCAGCUUUCUUGCCCCAAGAGUAUGUGACUUGAUAGGCAUCACACAAAAAUUGUCAUACAAAAAUGGGGCAUUUAUUAAUAAGCAAGAUGAAUAUUGUUUGCUUUUCUUGCAAUUACAAACUGGGUAUGGCAACUCAGAUGUUAUCAGGGUUAAACAAGUAAUUUUAUAGGUAACUUCUUUUUCUUUUAUUAUUUUCUCUCUUGUAGGUAAACUGGACCAGAUAAGCUUUUAUUUAUUGACCUCUCCAUAUGAUAGAUGAAUGAUGAGAGGAAACUAAGGUCUAUAAUAAUCCUUAUAUUCUAUAUAAGAAUGCAGAGUUAAAAUAACUAACUAUCUGCCUUUUUUCCAGAAGUACCUUGAACUUUAACAUGACGUUAACGUGUCCACUUGUGUAUUUAAGCAAGUGUACUGUAGUUAAAAACACACUUUAUUUGUUUGUUUUAUAAAUCGUGUAUUCUUAAAAUAAGCACACUUCUGAAGGGUGAGAGAGCAGUGAAGCUGCUCUCUAAGAUGGGUUGGAAGCUGGUCAGGUGUAAUAUUUUGUUUUUUAAAUCACUAAUUUAGAAUUUUUGGAAACCAGAUUUUUCUAAUUUAUGGGAACCAAAUAAACAUGUUGUGUCUUGUAGUAUUUAUAGAAUGCAGAAACCGAACACUUGAUGAAUUUUGAGGGAACCACAAAUCUUCCUCCACUUCCAUGAAAUCAGUAACAAUUACCUUCUUGCUGAACCUUUUGAUAAAAAUUUCUAUUUAGCAAUAUGUAGAUACUUUUGACAAAGGCUGCUUCUCCUGGGCUCUCAGCCUUAGCACUCACACACAGUAACCUGGGAAAGCUAAGGCAGCCAGGUGGAAUGUGACAUUCCUUGGUUCAGGAGUUUGGAGGGUGUCUGUUGGAAGAGGGUGUCUAAUGCAAGUCCAUCAGUAAAAAGCUGUUUUAAAAUUAUUUCGAGCAGACUUUGCUGCAGUGAUGGCAACCAGUCAUCACACAAAUCUGUCAUCUACCUAGAAUGAAAAUUAGAUAAAGGAAGAAUGUCUUACUAACUAAAGGGCCAAUUUUUAUCACUUUUCUUCCAUGCCUUUUCCUCUUUUGUUUGUUUUUGUGGGUUUUUUUCACUUUUGUUACAAUUUCCCUUUUAUAAUGAUGAAGUAAUGAACAGUAGGAGGUCUCUAAUGCAAACUGUACAUUUUAAAAUGUCUCUUCUCUAGAAAAGUCACACCCAGAAAAGUAAUUUUAAUACUUAAUGUGUGCAGUUCAGACCAUUUUCUAUGUCAAAGCAAAGGUUGAUGUCUUUUUUCCUUUGCAGCAGCCUAACUUCUUCAGACAAAUUAAUGUGAUGGAGGAUCACCAACAUAAUGACUUAGCUAUUUUAAGCAGUUCAGAAACUAUUCCAAUAGUGUCAAUAACAGAGACUUUAAAGCCAGAAUGUUGUUUAAAAACAUUCUGUUACUAAGGUUUUUUCCCAGUUUGUGUAUUUACAUUUAUUUAUUGACCUUGAAAAAUAAAUAUGUCAAGCUAAGUGUUUGUUAUUAUUUUCAGUGACAGUAUUGCCAGGUUAAACUCCUUUUGGAACAAAUCUAGCUGUUGUGGUUAUGGAAUAUAUCUCUUUGCCUAAGAUACUUGCUCAUAUUAGAAGAAUUCAUGUAACAUUUCCACUUUCAGACAGAUGUGCCUGAAACCCAAUAUACUGCAGUUACAGGAAUUAUUGCCAUUUGGUCACAGAGGAAGAAGAGUUAAAUGCAAUGCUCAUCAUGAAGCUGGGACUCCCAGAUAAUUCAAUUUCUCUUUCAAUAAAGGAGAAAAGGGUUUCAGGGUAUCUGAGAUGGCAGGCAUGCUAUGGAAACAGUCCUCUGUUAAUAUCCUUUUUUCUUUACAGGUCUUGAAGCUUUGGAAAAAAAGUAAAGAAUUCCUGAAAUCUAGGGCAUUGUUCUGCACGAGUUGAACAUUUUAGUAGCAAAACUUACAAGCAGAUGAGCUUCCUAAUAUCCAAAAUGAAAGACAGCUGGAAGCUUAAUUUAUGCCCUGCUGAGACUAACCAUUCCAAAAGCAAAUGUCACAGUAUCUGAGGAUCAACAAAACUGAACAGAAUUGCUUUUACUUGUAUAACAGUGAGCUUGGAAAACAACAUUGCACAAUAUAGUCAUGGAGUACCAGAAAAACAGUAUCUACUUCUGACUGUUUACUUAAUUUGCCUUUUUUUUCAAGCUCAUGUUCUGGCAAAAGGGUACAGAUUUAUACCUUAAAUCUGUUUAUACACUUUAGCAUGCACAUGCUCCAAAUACCUACAUAAUAUAUAUGGAAGUGUCCAGAAAAGUAGAGUAGAACUUGUUUUCCACUAGGUAGCAGUUAGCACAGAAAACAGAAUCACAGAAUUUUUGUUUGUUGCAUUAUAGUCGUGACAUAUUAAAAAAAGCUACAUACAAGUAUUCUUAAAAUUAGCAAAAACCUGAGCACUGCCGUAGCGAUAAAUGUUUUUUCUAAGGCACUUUGUAAAUGCUCCAACACAUCACUUUUCUUGUGACACUCAUGGAAUUGGCCACCCAACAAAGCAGGUCCAAGGGAAGGUUGUAACAAGGAUGAAAUCAGCAUUCCUGAAAAUUCACUGAAACACAGUGCAAAAGCUGUGUUUUGUAGCUGUCCAUUAAUGUAACAACUGCUGUGCUCGGAGUGUCUUUGCAGAGCUGCCCCGGUGGGUCCCCGGCACGGGAGCUCCCAGGGAAGCCCAGGCAGUCCCUUACUCAGCUGGUAUUUCACAUUAUUGUCACGUUCCUUCAAACUUGUAUACACAAGCUCUUGAAAAAAUUUUUCCAGUACGUAAUACAAGGCAGUUUGAGUUCUUGAAAUGGCAUUUUUUUGUGCACUCAGCAGGAAAUACUCGAGUAAAAGGUGGAGAUGACGUACUUUUAACAGAACCUUUCUUCUUUCCUGCUCCGCUAGUUCUGUAACCCAAAGUUAGCUCAUUGCUUGGAUCAGCUCUUGGCACUAGGAUGCUUAUUAGAGAAUCUAUACGAACUACAUCCUUAAAUACAGCAUACUUAAUUAAGACCUUCUUUAUUUUAUAUAAAAGUAGACUCCUUAAAAAAAGUUGUAACCUUAAACAGCAGGUGCCUCAGGAAAUGCACGUUAAUAGGUGCAGCAUCCUCAUUAGAAAGCAUAUUAGAGAAGAGCAAAGUGAACAAGCUGUAGUUUGGCUGCAAUAUAGUGCUCACAUUCCUUCCACCUGUUCUGUGACGAACGAGACCUCGGUCACAAGGAAAAUCCAGCACUGAAAAGUGUUCCUGUAGUCCAGUGGUAGCAGAUGUCAAGUGCAAGGGCUGACAAGGGCAGUUCAUGUUGUGAGGAGUUCAGGUCCUUCUGCUAUUAAGCGUGACUGCAAUAGACUGUUAAUGCUGAGUGGGAACAUUGAGUGAGUGACACUUUCUCACACAAAAUCAUGUGCACAGAACUCUGUCUGGUGUUCACUCCAGAGUGUUUCCAUGUAGCUCCUUGUUCACAGCUUGUUCUUAUCGUUGUCCAGUAGAAAAGCCAUGGAUUUAAUCUCAGCUGUCACCUGCUUUGAUGGGGAAGUGCCACAGGGAAAUGCUGAGCAGGAAAGAGAGGCUGGAACAUAAAAAUCUCUAUGCUACCUCUUGAGAUUGGUGAGGGAUUUGUCCUUAAUUCUGCUGUUAUUUUGGACACAAAUAGCUGUGGCACAGCUUGCAGGGCCAGAUUUUCUCACCUAGGUAAUGCCCAGCACGCUCAUUUCCGAGGGGGUUGGCACUGUGUGCACUGCUCUUCACUCUGUCACACUUUACAGUCAAGAUGAGCUGUUCUGACCCUGGGAUAACUCAAAAUAUUUUUAUUAAAUGUCAGUUGCCUACUGUUCAGUGUUGGUCAGUGUCAGCUCCUCUCACUCUGAGCUCUCUUUACUUGGCUCUAGAGAACUUGCCUUCAUCAUUCCUUCUCUGGUUUGUAGGAUUACUUGUGUUCAUGGAGAAGCUUCACGUGCUGAAAGGGGCAGUUCCUUGUUUUUCAGGGUUAAAACCUUUAAUUCUCUAGUUAAUUAUCAUUAGAAACUCAAGAUGCCAUGCUUGCCUCUUUGCACAGCAUACAAAAAUUUCCAACAAACUAGUGCUAGGUUUGGGAAAUCUGUAGGGAAUGAUUCCCAUGAAGUUCCAGCACUCAAAGUAACCGAAAAGUUUGUCAGCUUAGUAUGAACAGCACACUUACAAAUAAUGUAUUGCAACAACAUGCUAAAAACAAAGGCAGCUGCUGCUCUGGGUGUGAUCUGUUGAUGAAACACGAGCUCAGGCACUGCAAAUGCUCCCCUCACAGCCCAGCUGUGCAUUCAGGGGAGCAGGGGCUGCUGGUGUGCCUGGAGUUUGUUGGGGCCAAAAGUGAAGGAAAUGGGAUUGUUUGAAAUAGUCAAACACUAAGCCAAAUGUACAUAGAUCUGGGGGUGGACAGGGACACAAACUCAGCCAAGUUUUAUUAUUUUUUUAAUUGCUCCCUUGAACUGUCCUUUAGUGCUGACCCAAGUUCAGUUUAGGUCCCAUCCAGCAUAAGUGAAACAAAUAUGGGGAGUGAUCCACCAGUGUCUCACGAGCCCAAGCUUUUAGCUCAGAUAAACUGAGGUUCUCCAUCACAGAGCUGGAUGGAAUAAUGUGAUGCUUAGUUUCUCUCGAAGUUCAUGCUCUCCUUUCUUGUUGAAGCCAUUAGUAAAACUUGCACAGGCUUUUUGAGUUAAAACUGCAGCUGUAGCUUUUCAAAGGUAAUAUUAAUAUUAUGCCAAGCUGCUUGGAAAAUUUCACCUCACUUAGUUUAGCAUUUUUUGACUUCUCCUAAAUGUGUUUCCAAAAGAGCUGGGACAAAUGGGGGUUUUUGUCAGAAAUGUUAUGUUUGGUUUUGUUCUGGCUCACUGGAAAUGCCAAGGAAAGGGUCAAAACUUCAAUUAUAAGGAACACCAGUAUGUCAGUAAACUAAACUCAUCUGAGUAAUGGGCACACCCUUGGGUUUGGUCAUCUCUUGUUUUGGGGAACUGCAAAAUAACAAAGAACAAAAUGAAGCCAAUUUUCUCUCUAGUAUUUUGGUGUCAGGGCACCAAUGGGUCUCUUAAUUUUAGGGGUUUUGUUACUGCAGAUUAACCAGAGCCAGAAGGAGCUGGUUUAUAUUAAUUACUGUUUUGUUUACAAUUUUUAGUGAAGUCCUUCACACUGAAAGUUUGAAAACUCUGUGAGUAAGUAACAGUAUGGGGGGGUUUUGGCCAAAUUGGGUUGUAGUUACUGUAGGAAAAGAUAUUGCUGUGGAAAUAAAAUCCUUCUUUUGUUAGGAAAAGUAUAGUAGGUGGUGCCUUCAAGACACUGAAGAGGGAUACAGUGAACCAAUGAACCUGCUUGUGGAUUUUUAAAUGACUUAUAAUUUGGCUUUUGCAUUUUUUUUUAUCAUGAAUAGUUGCAAUAAUCACACGUUUGCAUUCCGUACACUCAGGUUACAGCAGUGUGUUUGUAUUUCUGGAUUUCUGGAUUUCUUACAUGCCUUCUCUUAGGGGCUGGCAAGCAAAAAUAACUUUGGAGAACCCAUUAAAAAAGUGACCACAGGUACAAGGAUUUCAAAUCUGUUUCUUUACCUGUAUGUUAACUCUUGACAUCUCCAGUGCUGUUACAUUAUGUUAAGAAGUGCAACUGGUCAGGGAAUUACAGAACAGACAUUCAUGAAAUGAGCAGGAUUCUGGUUUGGAGACAGUUUGUACUUGCCAAAAAAAAAAAAAGAAAAAAAGCCCAGUUAAUACAGGUUGCUGUCAGCUUGCAGUGGACAGAUUGUGUCACUCAAUGUCUUCUCCCUGUGUUUCUGCAAUGUAUUAUCAGUGUUUGCAGGUCAAGCCUCACGAAUUUGACAAGUGGUACUUUGAACUACAGGAAGUAUCAAGUACUUGUCCUAUCCCAUGGGAUUAUAUUCUAUAUCUGUUACUACUUGCUCAGUAUUAGUUCUUACAUAAAACAUCACAGAAUGUUAAUACCUUACAGUAAUUUGUCAGGGAGUGAGAAAUACUGGCAGCAGUUUCCCCACAAUAACCCAAUACAGCUUUAAUGUUAAAUGACAGUUUAGGUUUAUCUUUCAUAUUAAAGCUUUCAGCAAAAGAAGUUUUAUCAAAGUUUUCCUAAAUAAUUUUUGAUUAUCCUUUUAUCUGCUCAACAGAUACAGAGCUAUUAUUUGUACAACUUCUGAUUAUCACUUUUUACACAUACAUGUAAACUUCCUAAAGAAGCCACUGAUGGAACACACAAAAAUGAAUCCUACAGAAGCUGCCCCAAGUUCUGCAGUGUUAAGUCAAGUAUUUGUUGUCUUAACUGCCUUCACUGGGUCUUUUUACAAUGAAAUGUUUAAAAACAACCCCACACACGCAAAACCCCAAUGUAUUUUAGGAACGUUCCAAAGACUUCCAGACUGGUAAUGUCUUCAAGAUGCCACCAGAAUUGUGCAAUUCCUGUGUUAAAUUUAAUUUAGUUGUGAGCCUGUUAGUCACCCAAUGUUUACCUGGUCUCUAAAUCUAGUUUUAAAAGGAAAUGCAAAUUAAAGCUAAUGCAAGUCACUGUGGAUUUACCAAGAGAGGGGAGAAGUUACACUUUUAAAGAUGGUAUUUUAGGGGUACAUGACAUGAUUAAAUCUGGUCAUGCAGCAUCAUUUGUACCAAUGUAUGUGAUUAAAAUCCUUUUCAUCAUGUUACACAUUAUCCAGCACUGUAAUAGCAUCAAGUUCAACUACUGAAUGUUUUGCAUUUUAAAAGCCUUAAUUGUUUAUAUUGUAUUAAUGUGUUUUUAAAAACUAUAAGGAAACAACAUUUUCCUUGUAAAUUGUUAAAAUAAUUUUGAACACAAAUAAUUUUCAGAGAAAUCCAGUUCUGUAUCUUAAUACCCCUUUUUGUUUGUGUACCACAAAGCUGUUAAAUUCUGUUACCUUUUAGAAAUGUCUCUCGUUAUCAGCCUCUCUAUAGUUCAAGGUCUUUACCCAACUGAGAUUUAUUUUGGUUAACAGUCUUCUGAAACUCAUUGUAUGUAAAUAAAGUGAGCAAACUUAAAUAAAUA